UGGCAGGCUGAGUUCCACGCACGCUGAGAGGGAGACAACAACAAAAAAAAACAGAAGAGGGAAAGAUUGAAACUGUAUGUGGUGCGUGGUGGUGUCUGUGUGUGUGUGUGUGAGUGUGUGUGUGUGCGUGGUCAGUUGAAGGAGAGGAACAGGAAGGAAAAAGACUGAGACGGACAAAUUGAGAGGAGAGUUAUCAUCAGUGUCACCUCUGAGCUGAAGACAAGGCAGUUAACAAGCAGACUGAGAAGAGAGGAGGAGGUGACCAAAACAUCUGACCUGAAGGAGCCCAGCUGACCCUGAAGAAGCGCUACACGUGAACACCACCUCAAGAGAUCUCUCCACACUUCUACACGUCUUCAUCCACCCUGCUGUCCAAACUGGAGUAUGUCCUGCCAUCCCUGUCACCCCUGCCGCUGAUCCAGAUGGUCAGCAUGAUCUCCCACUACCCUCUGGCCACUCUCAUGCCUUGGCCUGCGAGUCCCCACCACCACUUUCCCAACCUGGACUGCACCUUGCUGCUGGAGGGGGAAGGAGGCGUCGCCCUGCAGAGGUACCAGCCUCGGUACCCGGAGAGCAGCCCACGACACUGGAGUUCGGUGCAGGACUGGGGGGAGGAAGUCGAGGAAGGAGCCAUCUACAAUGUGACACUGAAGAGGGUUCAGAUUCAGCAGGCGGCCAACAAGGGAGCAAGAUGGCUGGGGGCGGAGGGGGAUCGUCUGCCACCCGGCCACACGGUGAGCCAGCUGGAGACCUGCAAAAUCCGCAGUAUCCGCGCUGGAACAAUGGAACGGCUGGUGGAGACAUUACUGACGGCAUUUGGAGACAACGACCUCACCUACACCUCCAUCUUCCUGUCCACCUACAGAGCCUUCACCAGCACACAGACUGUACUGCAGCUACUUCUAGACAGGUAUGGAUGCGUGGAGGAAAAUGAACAAGGAACAGACAGAUGCCAAGGCUCUGAAACCAAUGGAGCCAUCAGAAAUGCCUUGGCCUCCAUCCUGCGUGCCUGGCUGGACCAGUGUCCUGAAGACUUCCAGGAGCCUCCUGACUACCCCUGCCUCCACAGGCUGAUGGACUACCUGCGCAAGGCCCUGCCCGGUUCAGAGGCUCUCAGACGGGCAGAGGGUCUGCUGGAGCAGCUGCAGAGUCAGGCCGGCAUGGAUGACACUGAUGCUGGUUUCCAUGGCAACAGUUCUUUUUGCCUGGGGGAAGAGGAAGAAGUGGAGAUCGAGGUCCAGGAGGACUUCCUGUCGUUUGACGCAGACCUGGUGGCUGAGCAGCUGACCUAUAUGGAUGCGCUACUGUUUAAAAAAGUCGUACCCCACCACUGCCUGGGCUCCAUCUGGUCUCAGAGGGAUAAGAAGCACAACAAGCACAGUGCCCCCACCAUCCGUGCCACCAUUACUCAGUUCAAUGCCGUGGCGGCCUGUGUGGUCAGCACAGUGCUGAAACACAAACAGAUCAGACCGCACGUCAGAGCACGGGUCAUCCAGCGUUGGAUAGACAUCGCUCAGGAGUGUCGAAUACGCAAAAACUUCUCGUCUCUGCGAGCCAUUGUGUCUGCACUGCAGUCCAAUCCUCUGUACAGGCUGAAAAGAGCAUGGGCCUGUGUGCACAAAGACAGCAUGCAGACCUUUGAGGAACUGUCUGACAUUUUCUCAGACCACAACAACUACCUGACCAGCAGGGAGCUACUCAUGAGGGAAGGCACUUCAAAGUUUGCCAGUCUGGAGAGUUGUGCCAAGGAGCACCAGAAACGCACCCACAAGAGACUGCAGCUGCAGAGGGAAAUGGGAGCAAUGCAAGGCACGAUACCAUACUUAGGGACUUUCCUUACUGAUCUAACCAUGCUGGAUACAGCCCUGCCUGACCUAGUAGAGGGUGGUCUGAUCAACUUUGAGAAGAGACGCAGGGAGUUUGAGGUGAUAGCUCAGAUCAAGCUGCUCCAGUCGGCUUGCAACAGCUACUGUCUGACUCCAGAGCCGACUUUCCUCCGCUGGUUUAAGAGCCAGCCUCAGCUCAGUGAGGAGGAAAGCUACGCCUUGUCCUGUGAGGUUGAAGGUCUUGGUGACAGCAGUCCAACUUCACCCAAACCCCGAAAAAGCAUGGUGAAGAGACUGAGCCUGCUGUUCCUUGGAACGGACAACAGUGCAGCCAGUUCUCCGGUCAGAGAGACGCCGCGAUCGCCUCCUACUGGCAGCUCAGGGGAGAGCAUGGACUCAGUCAGCGUGUCCUCCAGUGACUCCAGCAGCCCGUCAGACAGUGAAGGACUCACCGCCCCCACUCACACCUCCGACUCCCAGCAAAACAAGCUUUCAGAAUCCUCCUCUUGUAAUUCACUCCACUCCAUGGAUACCAGCUCGUCGACAGCCAGCGUCUCCGUGACUCCUGCAUCUCCCUCCCUCCCUGGGCCCACGUGCACCCACAGACGCUCCGUCUCCCUCACUCCCAUGUCCCCGAGUUCCCCGAGCCAAACCCCAGCUUAUAACACACAGGCCCAGGACGCAUGCAUCAUAAGAGUCAGUCUUGAGCACGGCAACGGGAAUCUCUACAAGAGCAUACUGCUGACCAAUCAAGACAAGACUCCAGCUGUAAUCUCCAGAGCCAUGGCGAAGCACAACCUGGAGGUGGAGCCGGAGGAGGGAUACGAGCUGGUACAAGUCAUCUCUGAGGAGAGAGAGCUGGUAAUCCCAGACAACGCCAACGUCUUUUACGCCAUGAACACCUCAGCUAACUUUGACUUCCUGCUGCGGGUGCGAGGCUCAGCGGGUCGACCGGUCCAGCUGCGAAGCCGGUGCAUUUCCACACUCCCUCGAACCCAGCAACGCUCGAGCCUCUCGCUUAGACUCAGCAAAGUUACACUGUGACUGGACUGUUCUGACCCAGCAGUUUGCCCUUACACCACUAAGCCAGGACAAUACAGGGCAUGAACUGGAUAUGAAGUGUAUGGUUUUAGGAGGAGAGGCAGGAUGGAUAAUAAAUGGACUUGAGGAAAGCUCCGGAGGAUUCACUGGAUUCAAUAAGGAACAGAUGGAUCCCAAUGAGCUCGAAGACUUUUGAAGAGCUCCACUUUGACUCUUAUUUUCCCAGUUUGAGUCUCCUCCUAAAGGGUGCCAUCCCUUUGCCAGGCCUUAACAUGGAACAUGGAUGUGUAGCGUGACUGCUGUGCCAGUGAGACUAAACCUUUGACUAGUGAUGCCUGUGACAGAGUGACACAGCGGCCCCAAGUGGCCUCCACUCUUUACAACGCCAGGUUUUUGCACAUGUUGUGGGAGCAGCCAAACUCCUGACCUCCAACAGUAUUCUGAUAUUGAAAUGUACUUCUUUUUGUCCUGUGAUGUCUGUGUAGCUGAAUAAUAACUUUUCUGGUAAUAGAAGAGUGAUGAAUGCAGAAAUAGAAGAUGGAUGGUGGAGUAGAAGGAGAAGUGGACCGAGUUUCCUGUUGCCUUUAUUGAUGAGUGAAUGGACCUCUGACAGUAAUCUGAAUGAUAUUGACGAACUGAUUGACAGGAGCUGUGAUGUCAUUAUAAUCCCUAGUUGGACAUGUUUACUUGCCAUGUCCCGCCUUGUGCACAAUGUGCACAGUGAGUGUUCAGCCCCUCUCAUAUUGUGAGCUGUGUGACGAAUGCAGUGUUACCUGCAUUCUGAUUGGUUCCAGUACUUGGUUUUAACAAGUCCUCUGCAAAUGUUGAAAUGGCCUUACCCGCCCUAUCUUUAGGGUGUAGAGAUGCAGUUUGUGCUGCUUGUGCUUGUUUGAAAAAAAAAGAGGUGUACAACAACAGGAGUAGAAAGGAGGGAAAUGUCAUACUAAAAUGGAAAGCACCAUGCACAUUGUCUCAAACUGAUGUAUACUUGUACCUCUUCACCCUUCAUUAUAUGAACUAUAGAGUUGCACUUGUCAGUUGGUAGGAGAUGCCAAUGGGAUGUGAAUACAGAAGAAUGAGUGAGCCACUCUGUUAGUGGCUUACUCCCUCUUCACAAAAUGAAUUACUAUUUUUAUUUGUAAGUGUUGCUUUUUUUAAAAUAUGUUUUUGUAUCACAGUUCAGGCCAGAAAAAGUAAGCCAGAUUGGAGAGUGAUGAAGGAUUUUAAAAGUAAAUGUUAUUGGAUUCAGAAAGUGUCAUAUUUUAGCCAGUGCUAAUUUGGACUGUGAUACAUUUGGAAAUCUUUACCGAGGGGCUCUUUACCUCAUUAUACUCACAGAAGCCAGACACCUCUUCACACAUCCAUCUGUUUGUCCCAUGGGCAACACUCCUCAUUUCAAACGUCGUCAUAGUUUCACAGCAACAUCACCAACACUUCAUCACCUGUCCACACGAUAGUAACACAUUUGCAGAUUUUUUUUCCCCUUCAGUUGCUCUCCACAGCUCCUACAGUGUCAUUCUGUUGUGCCAUGAUUACAAGUUAGUGCAAACAGUUGUCGUUGGUUAAUAUUACAGAGAACUGGUUCACUGUUGGACUAAUGUUAAUGUCCCUGUUGGCCCAAUCAUUUGUCUCCUUGCAGCACUUGAUUUCAAAAUGUUCUCAUUAAAUCACCCUCAGUUCCUGUGUUCUUCACUGCCAAAGACUCUUCUUCUACCUGAAUAAAUAAAUUAUUAUCAGUAUUAUGA